AUGCGGGUGUUUCCGAUUUGGGGUUACUACAAAGACUGCUGCUGUGAGGAAUCCAGCACAGGUUUUGCCUAUGCAGAACCCAGUGGCGUGCUCACCGUGUGCAUCAUCCAGUGUCUUCUCAUGGGUCCUCAAGCCCCUUGUGGGCAGAGAGCAAGGCUUCCAUUUCAGAAGGCCCAGGCCCUGGGGCAGUGCCAGGCUCACAGUGGACACAGAAAAAGGGCCACACUGGGACUGUCGUCUACUGAGGAUGAGGGUGAGGACCCCUGGUACCACAAAGCAUGCAAAUGCGAUUGCCAAGGAGGUGCCAAUGCCCUCUGGUCUGCUGGCGCCACCUCCUUAGACUGCAUUCCGGAAUGCCCAUAUCAUAAGCCCCUGGGUUUCGAAUCGGGAGAAGUUACACCAGACCAGAUCACCUGCUCCAACCUGGAGCAGUACGUGGGCUGGUAUUCCUCGUGGACCGCUAACAAGGCCCGGCUCAACAGUCAAGGCUUUGGGUGCGCCUGGCUGUCCAAGUACCAGGACAGCAGCCAGUGGCUAGAGAUAGAUCUGAAGGAGGUCAAGGUGAUUUCAGGGAUCCUCACCCAGGGGCGCUGUGACAUUGAUGAGUGGAUGACCAAGUACAGCGUGCAGUACAGGACCGAUGAGAACCUGAACUGGAUUUACUAUAAGGACCAGACAGGAAACAACCGGGUCUUCUAUGGCAACUCAGACCGAACCUCCACGGUCCAGAACCUCCUGCGGCCCCCCAUCAUUUCCCGCUUCAUCCGGCUGAUCCCACUGGGCUGGCACGUCCGCAUUGCCAUCCGGAUGGAGCUGUUGGAGUGCGUCAGCAAGUGUGCGUGA